AUGAGUUCCUGUAGCAGCCGUGCGUUGACCAUCCUGUCCACGGUGUUUGGAGCCUGCGGGCUGCUGCUGGUGGGGGUGGCCGUGUCCACAGACUACUGGCUGAUCAUGGUGGAGGGCAUCAUCCUGCAGCAGAACCAAAGCAUGGAGGUGAAGAUGGCGCUGCACUCGGGCCUCUGGAGAGUUUGCUUCGUCGCUGGAUCAGAAAAUGGUAGAUGUGUUGCAUCGGAGUACUUCACCGAACCUGACAUAGAGAUCACCACCGAAAACACUGCAAACAUCCUCAAGAUGGUGCGUACAGCCACGCCCUUUCCGAUGGUGUCACUGCUCUUCGUCUUCACGGCCUUCGUCAUCAGUAACAUCGGACACAUACGACCUCAGCGCACCAUCCUGGCCUUUGUGUCCGGCAUCUUCUUCAUCCUCUCAGGCCUCAGUCUGGUGGUGGGCCUGGUGCUGUACAUCUCCAGUAUUAAUGACGAGGUGAUGAACCGGCCCAGGGAGCCUGAGCAGUUCUUCAACUACUAUUAUGGCUGGUCCUUCGCCUUUGCUGCCUCUUCCUUCUUACUCAAAGAGGGGGCUGGGGUGAUGUCAGUCUAUCUGUUUAUGAAGCGUUAUGCCGAGGAGGAGAUGUACCGCCCCCACCCUGCUCUCUACCGCCCCCGUCUGUCCGAGAGCAGCGACUACAGUGGCCAGUUCCUCCACCCAGAAUCCUCCUGGCCCCCACCGAAGCGAGGCCGCAGCACCUCCGAGGCCUCCAGCGACAUCUCCAUCCAGCUCAAUCAGGCGCCGCCAGCGCCAACCAAAAGCAGCCUCCAAGCAAGCGGCCAGGGAAGCCCACCCUCUGGUUCCUCUUCCGCAGGGAGCUACCAAAUGCCCCCUCAGUCUGCUGGCUACCCCUCCACACACACCCUGCCUAGGUCGCACUCCUCACAUCCCCAAGGCCAGGUUCUCCCGAUGGCCAUGCCUCCAUCGCCUGUACCUCCCCCUCACUAUCACACACACAUGCAAAUGAGCGCCUCCCCCUGUUAG